CUCGUAGGAUCAGGCACGUUACACGAAGCCAACCCACGCAUAUACACGCACGCGCACACGUUAACGCACGGACGGUGCGAGUGAAAGAGAAGGCAAGAAGAGCAAGGACGAAGAAGAAGAGGAGGGACGAACAAGAGAGCAAGAGACUUUUUCGUAUUUCUAAAAAAAACUCUCUAACACGUCCGUAGCGUCAUCCGCGGGCGACGCACUUUACUCACUACACUCACAGACAGCAUCUUCCGACGCAGGCGACGACGCGAUGACGAGUUUGUUCAGAAAACGCAGCCAGACGCUGAACGUGACGGAGCCGCUGCCGACGUACUCCGUCAACUACUUGGGAAACGUGCCGACGGUGAUGGCGAAGGGCGACGGCUGCGCCGACAAGGCGCUCGGCGUCGUCUGGAAGAACAUGCAGAAGCGCGGCCUCGGUAACAGCAUGACGGUGAAAGUGUCGCCUAAAGGCUUGCAGGCGGAGACGAAGCAGCAAGGCGUCACCGAAUACUCGUCUCACCGCAUCACCUACUGCAUCGCGCCGCCGCAGUACCCGCGCGUCUUCUGCUGGAUCUACCGACACGAGGGCAAGAAGAUGAAAGUCGAGCAGCGCGCGCACGCCGUCCUGUGCGCCAGCGACGCCGUCGCCAAGUGUCUCGUCGCGCAGCUGCAGGAGGCGACGACGUCGGCGCUGCGCGAGUUCGUGCGCGACAAGUGCCGCCGACAGAACUAUCGUCUGCUCGUCAAGUGCAAGCUGGGAGUCGACGUGACAGUGUGCAAGCGCAAGGCGCUGCUCAGUACGGCUCACAACUAUAAGCCGCCCGUAGCGCGCUCGCGCAGCGCGCCGCGACUCCACUCUAUCGACGAGUCGUACCUGGAGGAGGGGCUGGCGGAGGAGGAGGACGAGGAGGAGGCGCUGCAUCGAACAGGCACCUCUCCCGGCGAGCUCAGCAUCGACUCUGCGAUCUACGAGAUCGAAGAAGAGGACGACUUGGAGGACGUCGACGAGGAAGAGGAAGAGGAGGAAGCGGCGACGGCGAGAGAGAGGAGGGCGAGAGGCGCCAACAGGUGGGGCAUCGACGACACAUCGAGCAUUGGCGACAGCAUCGACACGACCAGCUCGACGACGUCGGACGAUAUCGUUGACGACCUCCUGGACGACGCCAGCGUGCGCUUCUACAUCCGGCAGUCGUCGGCGCCGGCGUCGACGUGGUCGGGCGACGACGGUGACAGCGUUAUCAGCACCGAGAGCGGCUACUCCGAGUGCGACUCGGAGCCGACAGGGGGCGCUCGCGUCAUGAUCAUCUGCGAGCAGGAGCUGCGGGAGCUGGAGUUGGAGGCGAGCCGACGCGAGCGGUCGUCGUCGCUUGUGUCGUGUGGCUCUAACGAUACGCUGAAGGGCGAGCAGCUUGUCGACGACUCGCCGCACGCGUGCGUCAUCUACCUCUAACCCGUCUCCCUCCAUCAUCGAGUUCCUAUCGCGUCCCUCCUCCCUCCGGUACACUACACACCAUCCCCUCCGCUACAUACCCUUCUUCCUUCACUACACACCCUCUCCUUCCACCACACCUCUUCCCCCUCCGCUACACACCCUCUCCUUCCACCACACCUCUUCCCCCUCCGCUACAUACCCUCCUUCCUUCACUACACACCCUCUCCUUCCACCACACUCCCUCCCCCUCAGCUACAUACCCUCCUUCCUUCACUACACACCCUCUCCUUCCACCACACCCCCUCCCUCUCCACUACACUCGCCCACCUUUUCGUUACAUACCCUCCUCCCUUCACUACACUCCCUCCUUCUCCACCCCACUCCCUCCCUCUCCGUCACCCUCUCUCCUCCCUCCGCCACACACACUCCCUCCUCCUCCACCAUCCUCCCGCCUCCCUCCGUCACCCUCCCUCGCCGUUAUAAACGCCCGCAGCCGAGGAAACGUAAUUGAAUUGAAUACGACGCCAGGUAACUUGAUUACUUACUGCGCACCUGGGUAGAGAGAGAUGCGGCAGGGCCGCUCCGCCAGGUAGCAAGCGUUCGUACACCUGGGUACAGUGUAAAACUCAUCACUCUAUCGAUCGAUCGACGGCCCCUGUGUUGAUGCUGCUGCUGCUGCUGCUGAUGUUGCUGUUGCGGCAACGGCGUCACGCGAACACCGCAACAAUACCUCGCUA